AUGGCUUCCUUUGAUAUAUAUAUUGAAUAUCAAGUUGUGGCCUGUCAAGUCACUACAGCUCCUGAUGACCAGCCGGGCAUCGUAGUUCACUGUCAAGGCAAGGAGGAGCGGUACACUCCUGUGCAGAUCUCUGCCAUGUUUCUAGAAGGAAUGGUGAAGAAUACCCUGGAAAACCUUGGCAAGGCAAAGGCCAUCAUUGCUUUCCCGGAACACUUCAACAAGUCCCAGUGUGAUGCUACCAUCGAAGCUGGAGUGCUCGCAAACCUGAAUGUCAUUGACAUCAUCAAGGAGCCAACUGCUACUGCCCUUGCCUAUGGUCUUGACAAGGUGCAAGAAAGCAAUAGACUGAAGAUGGUGCUCGUAUUUGAUCUCGGGAAUAGCUUGGAUGUUACCCUCCUCCAUAUAUCUAUGGAGUAUUGCAAGGUGAAGGCUUCUAUCCACAUUCCCUCUUUGGAUUUCAACCACGAGGUGAUUUAG